GCUUCCAAUCCUCUCUCGGAGAUCCCGAUUGGAUUCUUCAGCGUUUUGGGGAACCUGGACAUGUUCUUCUGUCAGAGCUGCUCCCUCGGACCGACCCUGGCGACUGGCAUUUUAACAUUCAGUACUACAGGCAUAAGUAACAUUUUCCUCAAUAAUAAUUCGAUUUCAAGAAUAGAACCGCAUGCAAUAUCUGGUUUCGGGCCUGAAACGACGAUACACCUACAUAACAAUGAAGUGACCGAAUUGGCGGAAGAGGUUUUUCGCCCAAUGUUGCAGAUCCUCUCGCAGGGAAGUGGGAAGAUCUUAUUGGUCGAACUCUGGAGUGGUUGGAUGAGUACACUCAUCCUCAUCAGCACCCAAGAGUACCAACAUAACCUACCACUUCCUCCACCCGUACUGGAACCUCGGGACGAAGAGUAUAAAGUUCAAGGAACUCUCCCCCCGUUUAGAGUCGAUUCCUACAGCAUCGGGGAAAUCAAAGGUAUAGCCGUUCGUCUCUUCGAAAGGCUUCCCGGAGAAAUCCACAUCGAAAAUGGUGUCGGCAAGCCCUCCCGUCUUUCUGACGAUCGGGACGGCCCCAUAUUUCAAAGCGAUCAUCUGUGUCAAUCCGCAGGGCUCAAAGAUGGAGGGGACAAUAAACAUGUCCGAUCCGGCAUAAAUCAAAUGUGCCAAUUCUUCUUGGUGGUGGAGAAUCAAAUGGAUAUGAGGAUGAUCCGUAUACUGAUGCUU